GGACGCUUCUUCCCACGGAAAGAAAGACCUUUCAGCCCAGGCUGGAGAUGAACAGCCUGUCAUGUCAAUUCUGAAUGCCAGUACUCUCUCACACCCUGCUGCCUUCCUCUUGGUUGGGAUCCCGGGCCUGGAGGCCACCCAGUUCUGGAUUGCCUUCCCUUUCUGCAUUAUGUAUGCCAUUGCUGUGGUGGGAAACAUCAUCGUCUUCUUCAUUAUAAAGACAGAACCAUGUUUGCAUGAGCCCAUGUACCUUUUCCUGGCCAUGCUGGCUAUCAACGAUGUGGUCCUGUCCACCUCUACCCUGCCCAAAAUGCUGGGUGUCUUGUGGCUGGACUCCAGAGAAAUUGGUUUCCACGCCUGCCUCACUCAGAUGUUCUUUGUCCAUGCCUUCUCAUCGGUGGAAUCGGGCAUUCUCAUGGCCAUGGCGCUGGACCGCUACAUUGCUAUAUGCUACCCUCUCCGGCACUCCAGCAUCCUCUCCAUCCCCAUGACCAAGACAAUAGGCAGCCUCGUGCUGACACGUGGGAUCCUCUUGAUAAGCCCCUUCUGCAUCCUCGCCAGCCGGCUUCCCUUCUGCGGGCACCGCCUUAUCUCCCACUCGUACUGCGAGCACAUGGCCGUGGUAAAGCUGGUGUGUGGGAAUGUCAGAGCGAACAUCAUAUAUGGCCUAUUUGUGGCUUUCAUGGUGGUGGGCUUUGAUGUGCUUGUGAUCUCUGUGUCCUAUGCCAUGAUCUUGCGGACAGUCAUGAGGCUCCCAUCCACCGAGGCCCGUCUCAAAGCCGUCAGCACCUGUGCUUCCCACACCUGUGUCAUCCUAGCGUUCUACGUCCCAGCCCUCUUCACCUUCCUCACCCACCGAUUUGGCCACCACAUCCCACACCACCUUCACAUCAUGGUGGCUAAUCUCUAUCUCCUGGUACCCCCCAUGCUGAACCCCAUUGUGUAUGGGAUAAGAACCAGGCAGAUCCAGGGCCGGGUGAUCCGUCUGUUGCAUCUGAGAGGGAUUUGAGCCAGGCUGGAGGGUCUUGCAGAUGGGGUGCUGACGUCUGUAGUCACCGCAGUGUCUGCGUGCCACUGUUGUGUUCUCUGUUUCAGGAGAAACUCCUUGUCUAUGUAUGGAAUUCCCCCGGGCCAUUGUACAACGGAGCUCUUUAAAACUGUUCUUUCCAAUUUAAAAGUGACCAUUUGAUGGGUCAAACCAUAGGUCCACAUGGCCCAGUGCAUUUCCCAUCUAGCCCAGUGGCAGAUUAUGGCUGCUGAAGAGAGGCCAAACAAGGCAUAGCCAGAGCUUUCCACUCUAUGCCUCGCUCCCAUUGCAGAGGUUUAGGGCAAUUGUAUUCAGAGGCUGCACCCUAUGGGAUUUAGUACCUGGAACUGUUCUAAUCAGUGAGUGGCGAUGCAUAGGGGAUGCACGGGGUGCACGUGCACCUCCUGAGAUCAUCGGUGCACCCCCUGACUGGCUGCAGGGGUUUCCCUGGGCAGCAAGAUACUCCACGGGGAGGAUCCUCCUGCCCCUGGGCAGUGAGAUUGGCUGCAGGGGUA